AUGUCUGGCAUCAUCCGCCAACAAAUCGGCAUUGCUAAACGACAACUACUGAAAGCACUCCAAGAAGCAGAAAAGGAACACACUGAACAAGAUCGAAUUCAACAGUUCACCAAUGACGAUAUUCUCGCUACCUACGAAGGACAGACGUCAACACACGACUAUCUAUACCGUACCUACUCUCGCGUCGAUCGACUGUGGAAGCAAUGGAUUGAAUUAAUCCAAGGAAAUCCGGUGGAAGAGGACAUUCUACAACAGUACGUCACUAAAUACGGUGAUUUUCGUAUUCUCCUCAACGACGCUAUUUCUACAUUGGAAAGACUCGACCAAGAAAGGCAACUCAUUGAAGCAGAACUCCGAAAAAGGAAGAUAGACUUCGAACCGUACGUAGAAUCGGAUGGAGAUUCCCAACAUUCGUCAGAGCACCCAAUGGCCCAUCAGAUAGCCCAUCCAGCUUACGUGACUACCGCCAACACAACCUCCCAAAUACCUACUUCCCAAACACCAGCAACGUCAAACAUGUCAUUCGUCGACGCAUCUAUACUCAGCAAGCUAGAUCUCCCGAUAUUCGAAGGCAACCUACUCGAAUUUCCCGAAUACUGGGCCCGCUUCUCCACCUUGAUAGGUGACAAACCGCAACUCGACGGCGCUACAAAAUUUUCACUUCUCAAGUCUACACUUCGAGGUCGAGCUCUACAGACGAUCAAGGGUCUGGCAAUAACAGCUGCUAACUAUCCAAUAGCAGUCGAAAUCCUGAAGAAUCAUUUCGAGGAUCGAGUAACAACGCGCCAUAUCCUCUAUACUCGACUCGCCUCUCUCCCAUCAUGCGACAACGAAGGCAAAAACCUUUUCGCCCUUUACUCGCAAAUGUUUGCAAUGGUUCGCCAGUUCACAACGUAUGAAGAUGACUCAAAAGAAUACGCACUCGGAGCAAUUCUACUGAAUAAGCUUCCACGCCACAUCCGAAGCCGUGUUUACGAUCACACUGGAAACAGCGAAAACCUCGUUCCAACUCAACUUCUUCACAUACUCACCAAAAUCGUCAGAAAAGAAGCAGUACUGGAGGAAAUGGCAGAUCGCUCCAACUUCUAUAGUGAUUUUCUCAUGAACGCUGCCUUCCAGAACAAGAAGCCUCAAUCCAGACGAAGCGAACCUCAACUUCCCACAAGGAAACGUCAGUUGCAGAAAACCUGCAAAUUCUGCGGAGAUAUCGCACACAACUCUUCUACAUGCACAACAUAUAAGACUCCGAGGGAACGCGUCAAGGUCAUCAAAACGAAGCAUCUCUGUUACAACUGCCUGUCUCCACGACAUGCUACAAAGCAAUGCCCCUCCAAGAACUGCUGUAUUCAUUGUAGCAAACGUCAUCACUCGUCAGUAUGCUUCACUCAAAAUCCAGCAGGACAAGCAAUUCAACGGCUUCACCGUCCAAUGCAAUUACGUCCUCCACCACUAGCGCCACGACUACCACUUCAUCGGUCAAACGCGACCAUCGAGAAUCCUAACCAGGACAAUAUCUCAGCUCCUACUGAAGGCGGACAAAGGCAGCGGCUCUUUGAAGUAGACUACAAUAAACAACAACAUCAGAAACCUGAGGAAACUCCACGAGUCUAUGCGGCAGAUAUAAUCAACGCAAACGUAACUUCGAAGGCGAGUCUUAUGAUGUGUGUACCAAUAACACUCUACAAUCCAGAUCAACCGUUGCUGAGAUUGGACACUACUGCAUUCUUCGACAGUGGCGCCUCCACAACAAUAAUCAAAAAGGAUAUCGCUCAACGCUUGAAUUUGAACAUGGAAGAAGAGCAGCUUAUUUCUUUCCAGACCUUCGCGAAACGUGAACCACAAUCACAUAUGUCUUCGAAAGUCAAGGUUGGUCUACUUCUGGAGAACUAUGAACAAAUCGUCUUACAUGUGAGGACGCUUCCAUUCAUUAUGGAACCAAUGCAAAUGGAACUGCUCAAUCAACAUCAACGAGACGACACAAAGACGUGGAGCGUGAACACUCAACCAGGUCUACUGAUAGGAAGCGACUACUUCUGGGAACUCAUGUUGUCAGACAAUUUCUACAUCAAGCAACUGCCAAACGGAUACAACCUCAUCCACUCAAGACUCGGAAACAUAAUCACUGGAAAGCCUCUUCCAAGCCACCGAUCAUUUGUGGCAAUAAGCGACGCCGAUGACGUAGAAAAUCCACUGCAGCAUCAAAAACUUGAAGAAAUAGUGGAAAAAUUCUGGUCCCUUGAAUCUGCUGGAAUAUCUGAUGAAAUCGCUCGAUCUGAUGACGACAAAGAGUUCGCAAGUAACGACGCGGAUUUCAACAAACUGGUGGAACAACAGGAACAUGCUCCAGUGGACAAAAUUACGAAGAUUCUAGGAAUAAAAUGGAACACUGUGAAGGACGACCUCAUACUAUCCCUCCCCCUGCCACCAGAGAAGGAAACAACUUGGACGAAAAGAAAGGUUCUAAAGUAUGUUGCCAGCAUAUACGACCCACUGGGUUGGAUUUCACCUUCGACGCUAAUCUCCAAGGUGUUCAUUCAAAAGCUGUGGAAAGCACAAAUUCCAUGGGAUACAAUCCUGUCAUCUGAUCUACUGCAAGAAUGGACAUCCAUAUUGCAAAACUGGUCCGUUCCGGAACUUCAUCUCCCUCGCAGACUGCCAUCCUCCGGUUCGAGCGAUGUACACUACGACCUCCACAUCUUUACGGACGCAUCGAAAAUUGGAUAUGCGGCUGUGGCAUACUUGCUCGACUUACCAAUCCGGAAAAGCUACAUUUGGUCUGAUAGCAAAGCCGCCUUGAUAUGGACAAAGUGCGAAAAACCACUACCAGUUUUCAUCAACAACCGCAUCAAAACGAUAAAACAGAACGCCCCGACAUCCGAAUUGAGAUUUGUUCCCGGGGACCAGAAUCCAGCAGACAUAGGAAGUCGAGGCCUAAACGUGAAGGAGCUUCUAGAAUCAAAGCUGUGGUUCAGUGGACCAGAAUUCCUGCACAACUCCGAAAAAUGGCCAAAAGACAUUAGUCAUGUCACGGACGAGCUCGACGUAGAAAAAGAACUCUUCGCGUCAGCGUCGAUAAAUUACGAACCACUAUUCGAGGAAGAAAGAUUCAGUACCUGGACAAAACUUCUCAAUACGAUAGUCCUGGUUCUACUCUUUGCAGUAAGAAAAUCGUCGAAAGCAAAAGAUUACUUCUCCGACAAGAGAAGCCAUCUGAUUGCAGCAGCUGAAAUCAUCGUUUGCCGACAAGCGCAGCUGAGUCACCCUCCGGAUGACACUACAAGACAGCAACUAAACUUGUAUUACUGUAAGGAUACCUUGCUAUGGAAAUCUCAAGGAAGGAUCAAUAAUGCAAAACUACCACCUCACACCAUUGAGCCAGUUUAUCUUCCUAGACAAAGCUACAUCUCUUCGCUAUAUAUCCUCCACGUCCAUCAGAUCAAUCACCACUGCGGAGUGGAACAGACGUUGUGUGAAAUCCGCACGAAAAUAUGGAUACCUAAGGGAAGGCAAACGGUGAAGAAAACAAUCAACAACAAUUGCUACAUGUGCCGGAAAGCAAAAUCCAAGCCGUAUGCAUUACCAGACUUUCCCAUCCAUCCUCGCGAACGAGUUACCCGACCACAAUACCCGUUUGAACGAUGUGGUAUUGACUACAUGGGACCCUUCCAAUACAGAGUCGACAACCUUACUAUCUCGAAAUAUUGGAUCGUCCUCAUCACGUGUUUAAAUACCAGAGCCAUCGUCACUGAUAUCGUAACAAGUAUGUCUGCUAUAGCUCUCCUUCACGUAAUACGGAGAUUCAUCGCAACAAAUGGAUUCCCACGAUGGAUUGUUUGUGAUAAUGCCAAGGUAUUCAGAACACUAAACGAAGUCCAGGUUUGCUUGUUCAAGACGAAGGAAAACGACACAACUAUAACAGACUAUUGUGCAAACCGCAAAAUUCAGUUCCAUUUCAUAGCAAGCCACAGUCCAUGGCAAGGAGGGAUAUACGAAAGAAUGGUCGGUCUUUUCAAGGCAUCAUAUCGAAGCGCAGUUGGAAAGGACAUCUACGACAUUGAGACCUUGAAGACUCUCGUAGCAGAAUGUGCAGCGAUCUGCAACUGUCGUCCAUUAACGUACGUCAACGACGAGUUAUUGCAUAUCCCUCUACGACCAGUGGACUUCUUGAGACCCACCGCCAUAGUCUCCAUCCCUCGAAUCGAAAGGAUCGAAGAAACCCAGGCGAAUACGAAUAUACAAAGCGACCUCAUCGAAAUGUGGCAAUCGACACAAGAAAUAUUGGAUUUUUUCUGGAAACGAUGGAGCAAGGAAUACAUAUUGAGUCUGAGAGAACAAUACCAACGUUCGCACAAACAUCCGCGUCUGGAGCAUAAAGCUGAACAUCCAAACCUUCACGACUACGUCAUCAUCCAGGACGACACGUUAAAAAGAGGACAAUGGAAAUUAGGCCAGGUAAUCGGAUCCAACGACGAGUACCAGAGGACAGUGCAGCUUCGUCUCGCAAAUAAGGAGUGUUACCUCACAAAAGAGCUAAUCCAAACGAAGGAAAAAAAAGAAGACUCCAGAGAAAAGACUCAUAAGUCUUCACAUCCCAUGCUGACACGAUCGAAAACGGAGAAUGCUUCACUGCUCCUUCUCGCCAUCGUUGCCGUGAUCGUAUCAGGAUGCAAUGCUUCAGAUGCCGCUAUCAACACGAAAUGCCCUAGCUCGAUAUCCAUAGUCAAAAAAAUCAUCUAUGCCGACCAAUGCAUGGAAAAGGGAAUCGCAGUAGCUUCUAUAACUGGCAACAACGACGAUCAACAACGACUAUGCUGGUUUCCUAUCCAAUGCCCAUCAGGACACAUCAGCAUACCGAUACCACUGCCUCCAAACACAGGAUACUGCGGGAGCAGAUGUAGCUGCCCAAAAUGGACAAAAACUUGUUCAUUCUACAAUGGAAGACAUAAAGAAACAUCGCAUUCCAACAACGUUCUUCCAUCGCUUUUCAACUACAAACCACCACAAGUAUGUUCGUUCCAAAAGUCGACGAUAUGCUCCGAUUCACGGAAAAUUGGAAUUUUUUAUCAAAUUGAAUUAUAUGACGGCACAAAAAUAAUCGUACCAGAGCUGCACAUCACAAGAAAGGACUUCCUCAAUAAAGAAGACUACUACUGCUUCUCCUUCGAUGGAAGAUUGAUACCUAAUCCGAUCCCAAUCGGAACUCAAAAAUCUGGAUCGCCGGCAUUCUGCAGAUACCAUAACUGUGCCGCAUCAACUAUCAAAUCAGUUUUCUGCGUCUACUACUCACCGGUAACAACAUUCGACUUCAUGAAUUCAUCCAUAGUUGUACGUGCAUGGGGAACCGUACCAAAGGAAUAUUUCAGCCACAAGGACGAUAUCCAGAGCUCAAAGACA